CUGGAACUCAAACGCAGUGAGAAAGACAGAUGCGGACAACAGUUGCGGGAAAAUAAUAUUAGAAAAAACACAACUGAUGAGCAAAACAUAAAGAAAAAGAGAAGAUAUAACGGAUACGAGAAAAUACGAUCAGGAGUUGAGCAGCACAGAACUGAUGAAGCAGAUUGUCUGUAGAUUUGAGCCAUGAACAAUCGCUCGAUCGCGCGCUGGCUGAGACAGAUCGGACUGCCGCAGUACACGGGCGUGCUGGAGAAACACACUUACGGCCUCGAGGGUCUCCUAUUAGUGACAGAAGAUGAUCUUAGACUGAUGGGAGUUGAAGAUCCGGAUCACAGAUCAACCAUCAUAAAUCAACUACAGAAACAACAGCAGAUAAUACAGCCUGAGAAAGAGAAUAACUCUACAGUAAUGACUGGCACUAUGAGUCGUAAGUACUCACUGGCCUCAUCGCUUGACCUGGUCAAACCCACCACUGACCUCUUCCGUCAAAGCAUUGUGCCUCGACUGCGUCGCCGUGACAACCAGAGAGUCUCCGCAUCCUGUCUCCAGCUCCCAACCCACACCUGUGAUGAAGACCACGCCCCUCCCACCAAACACAAACUCAGCAGGAGGAAGAGUGUGACGGCCUUCAUCAGUCAGGUGUUCUCAGGCCUGAAGGAGAUGGACUCUCUGAAGAAGGAGCUGGAGGAGGAGCUCAAACUCAGCACUGAAGAUCUGAGGAGUCACGCCUGGUAUCAUGGACAGCUGCAGCGUGAGGGUGCGGAGCAGCUGUUGUGUAGAGACGGGGAGUUUCUGGUGCGUGACUCCAGCUCCAGCGCGGGCGAUUACGUCCUGACCUGCAUGUGGAAAAAUCAACCCAUGCACUUCAAAAUCAUACGUGUCGUGCUGCGACCCAAACAGGGUUACACCCGGGAGCUCUUUCAGUUUGAGAACGAUCAGUUCGAUAAUAUUCCAGCAUUAAUUCGCUUUCACGUCGGCGGACGCCGUCCCAUCUCACAUUCCACCGGCGCCAUUAUCUUUCAGCCAAUCACGCGCACUGUGCCUCUACGCAUCAUCAGCGAGCGCCAGGCUGCGAGGUCAUCGAGCUCCUCCCUCCUGUCACAUGGUCAGAGCAAGAGGCGGAGCCUGAGCUCCUCACAAAAAGAGACACUGCAGAUCAGCAGCAGCACCCUGCUCAGGAGUGGCAGUCAGCCUGCUAAUCUAGAGACAGUGGGGAGACCCUCUCUACAGUCCGCACAAUCUGACAGCAACCUCCGCACAGGUGUCCCUCAGAGCUGUCCGUCACAGGAGUCUAGCCCCGCCCCCGUCUCUCCGGUGUUCCGCACAGGAAGUGAGCCUGUGCUCAGCCCAGCUGCUUCCUGUGCCACUCCGCCUAGCCAGUCGAGUCUCGGCGGCUGUCCUCUGCGCGGCUCCGAUGGACAGCUGCAUUCACGAGCGCCUCCCAAACCGCUGCGGAUCUCCAUCGUUUUCACCCCGACUCAACAUGAACCGGUGUCUGAUCCUGGCGGCCUGUACGGUGAGCUGGUGCCGCAGGUCCCCAUCACCAUGUUGCCCAAAGGUCACGCGGCACGUCUCCGCGCUCAGGAGCGAUGGACCAGCCGCGCGCGUCUCACCGAGACCAGCUUCGGCUUCCUGGAGGCGCAGAAGCUGGAGGAGGAGCACAGGGAGAGCGAGAGUAUCGAGGAGGAGGAGCGCGACUGGCGUUUCGAGCGACCACAGACUGAGACCACAUCAUGUUUCCGUCUGGAUGAAUUCCGCUCGCUUCUGCUGCCGGACAACAACCGUCCGCUGGAUCAGAGCGUCUUGCUGAAGGUCAAAGAGCUGCUGACAUGCACCGACGCCAGGACCACCGCUCUGCACAUGCUCAGUGUCAACUGCCAGGUGGCUCGGGUCACAGGUGUGACGGUGGAGCAGAAGAGGCUCAUGGGAGUGGAAACCGGUCUGGAGCUCAUCACGCUGCCGCAUGGAGGCCAGCUGAGACAGGACUUGCUGGAGAGGCAUCACACUCUGGCUCUGGGCAUUGUGGUGGAUCUUCUGGGCUGUACGGGGACGGUGGGUCAGCGGGCGACGGUGCUGCACAGGAUCAUCCAGCUGGCGCAGGAGCUGCGCAACACCGCGCACGACCUGUACGCCUUCUCCGCCGUCAUGAAAGCACUGGAGAUGCCGCAGGUGGUGAGGCUGGAGAUGACGUGGAGAGCGCUGAGGCGCAAUCACACCGACAGUGCCGUGACGUUUGAAAAAAGUCUUAAACCCUUCAUGAAAUCGCUGAACGAGGGUGACGACACCGUGGUGUCGGGGCCGCUGUCUCUGCCGCACAUGGUGCCGUUGCUGAGGCUGAUGGAGGGUGAGGACAGCGUGGAAUCCACCGACAGAGGCUGCCAGCUGCUUUACAACCUGCUGCAGUCGGCACGCAACGCCGCGCUACACGCUAACGACUGCACGCAACACGCUCACGGCCUGCUCUCCGCCGGAUGGGAGCCAAUCCCAGAGCUGCUGGAGCUGUUUCAGACGGAGUUCGCCCUUCGGCUCUUCUGGGGACAAACGGGUGCCAAGGCCGAUCGCAAGGAGCGCUACGCCAAAUUCGACAAGAUCCUCACGGUCCUCUCCAAUAAACUAGAACCAGACGGGAGCACAGAGGUUUGACCUCGUCAGCAGCCUCUACUGGCGAACACGGGAACUGAACCGCUCAAUGAAUGAACCCACAUCUGAUUUAUAUUCAGAUUACAAUACAUGUUUAAAAAGACCAGAAAAACUCUCCAAACCAAAGCACAAUCAGACAAUAAACGACUUUUAGACAUGAUGCCAUUGUUAAGGUGAAGUUGAUGCUCUUAUUGUAAGAUUCAAUGUUUUGACAACAUUCAGUUUGUUUACAGUGAUGAUGAUAAUGAUGUUUUAAAGCUGUGAUUGUGUUCACACUUGAGUGAAAUGUGCCAGAUCUAUAUGCUAAAUUACAGAGGCACGCUUUCUCUUACCUGAAACAUUUCUGACAGUUUACACGUAAAGAAUAUAUUUUAAUUUCUUAAUGGAUUAAAAUGUGAACAUGAAAUAGCCUCAAACCCAAUUCACUUUCUUUAGCCAGGAUUAGGAAAACAGCAUGUUCAACAAGCUCAAAGGGGUAGGUGUUAAUACAUUGUGAUGUAAUAAAAGUCUUUUAGAUGAGUGUGCACCAAUGAAUUUACACAUCAUAGAAUCCCUGGUAAAUGUAAAUUGAGUGAAUUUGGUUUCGCUUUGACUGAAAGUAGUGUCGACAGUGUUUAAUAACUGUUGUGUGCAACCAGCAGGGGGAGACAAACACCAAAACACUCCCCUUUUUUUUUUUUUUUU